AUUUUAUUGGGCUAAAUAUUUACAAGGUUUAUCUUGAUCAUGACAGAAUGAGGGCGGUACAAACUUUUUGAAGUCGUAACCGGACGUGACGUCAGGAUGUGACGUCUAAGAAGUUCCGUCAGACAGUGAAACACAAACAUCUUGUGAAUUAUACAUCUUGGAAUAAUAUUCAUAAACCAUGCUUCCUGCAUUUGUUUAAAGACACUUUUAAGUAAGCUUUCGAGUUUGCAAACAUAAGCUCCCGUUUUAUUUGAAUGAAUGCCAGAGUCUGAGAGACAAAAGAGCACUAUGCGUGUGUUGUGGACGUUCCCGGUAUCAGUUUGUGCUAACUAGCGAGCCAGUUAGCCUAACAAGGAAGACAGGAUUCCGUUCGUGCCUACCCAUACACGUGCAUUUGAUCAUUGUCUCCUUAUAUCAAAACAAUCUCCAGUACAGUGGUCUGACUCAGUCUUAGAAAAUGAGCGCCGAGGCGGUGGACCGUGUGGCCGUGAGCGGUAGCCGACCAAGCACUCCUCCUCAGGUCUCCUGGUUUGAGUUCCUCCUGGAUGAGUCGCUACUGGAGAGUCACCUGCUGAAGCCAAGAUCAGACCCAGCACCGGUACAGCUCAUCAUUCAGUUCCUUGAACAGGCUACCAAGCCUUCGGUAAACGAGCAGAACCAAGUGCAACCUCCCGCAGACAACCGCAGGAACCGCACUUUGAAGCUGCUAGCUCUCAAAGUAGCAGCUUUCCUGAAGUGGGAUCUGGACGUGCUGGAGAAAGGCUUGACUAUCCCAGUGUUGAACAUGUUACUGAACGAGCUCCUGUGUGUGAGCAAGGUCCCCCCUGGGGUGAAGCAUGUGGACCUGGACCUCUCCACUCUGCCCCCCACCACAGCCAUGGCUGUCAUCAUCUACAACCGCUGGGCGAUCAGAACCAUCGUGCUGAACAGUUUCCCAGAGAAGCAGGCCAAGCCUGGGCCUCAUCAGAUGAACAUGUUGAAUAUCGUGCAGCAGGAGAAGGAGCUGACAGAGAAUAUCCUGGGAGUGCUGAAGGAGCAGGCGUCAGACUCCAUCAUGGUGCUAGAGGGAGCUCUGGGGCUCAAGAAGGACCUGUACGUCCACACCGUGAGGACCCUGGACCUGCUGGCCGCCGACCCCAGCACUUCCAACGGAGAGACAGAGUCCUCCACUGCCGGCCUCCGUAUCAGCGCUGACGAGCUGCACUGUCAGGUGCACUAUGACCUGGGGGGGAUCUUCUUCCAGCAAGGCUGCACAGACCAACAGGCCUACGAGAAGGCCAGGGACCAGUUCAGACAGACCAGGGAACUGCUGCUGAAGCUGGACACAGCGCUGCACUGUCACCUGGACGAGCAGCGCCUGGCGGGGUACUGGAACGCAUGCAGGGCCCUGACGUCUGACCCCAGUGACACCCAGCUCAGCCCCUACGGACAGAUCAACAGCCUCAUCAGAGCCCACAACCACCAGGCACUAAUAGAGGCAUUCAUCAAAGACAACAUAUCUCGCAGCUUGCCCAAUUAUUUCAGACAGUCUGUCCUGAGAGAGUUCCUGCAUAAAGUCCAGCAGGGUGAGCGGGGCCUGGACGAGGUGUGUGGCAGGCUGUGUGUGUGUAACGCCGUGCGGGACGCCCUGCAGGGGGAGCUGCUCAGCGUGCGCUUCCUGCGCCUGCUGCUGAAGCCCAGCAGGAGCCUGGUGGACUUCAUCCUGGAGGUGUGCACAAAGUCGUUAGACCAGGAGCGCCAGACAGAGACUUCCAGAAGGAACAUGGCCAUCUUUCUCAGGACCCUGUGUGAGAACCUGGAGGAGCUGCCCCUGGUGUUUGUGGUGUCAUCCCACAAGCUGUUCCUGGAGCUGCUGCGGGAGGAGGAGAGGAAGGCCCUGGUGGAGCAGAUGAGGAAGCGCUCAGCCACCGUCAACCUGAGCGCUAAGCCCCUCCCUUCCUUCUACGACAUCCCCGCCUCGGCCAGCGUGAACAUGGGCCAGCUGGAACAGCAGCUCAUCCUGUCCCUGGACCCUCGCAGGAUCCGCCAGAUCCUCAUCGAACUGCACGGCAUUGCCCAGCGGCCCUUCUGGAGGGUCAACGCCAAGUGGGAGGUUCCUCCUGACUACAUCAACGUGAUUCUCAGCAUCAAAGACAACCUCACCAAGGACUUGGUGUACAUCCUGAUGGCUAAAGGUCUCCAUUGCAUCACCAUAAAGGACUUUGGCCACGCGCGGCUGCUGUUCUCCGCCUGUCUGGAGCAGGUGACUGAGUUCUCCCCCAAGCUGCGGCAGGUGAUGCUGAACGAGAUGCUGCUGCUGGAGGUGCGCGCCCAUGAGAGCGCCGCUGCCGAGGGCUGCAGGGACAGACCCCCGCCUGACCUGGCCAGCAGGGUCCGGGGAUACCUGGAGAUGAGGAUUCAUGACCUUCCGCUCAGACAGGUGGUGGGAGAGCAGUGUGUGGCGUUCAUGCUGAACUGGAGAGAGAACGACUACCUCACCCUCCAGGUGCCCCAGUCUCUGGUCAUGAACAACCCCUACAUCAAGCUGGGACAGCUGCUGGCCUCCACUUGUAAGGAGCUCCCAGGUCCUAAAGAGAGCCGGCGCACAGCUAAGGAGCUGUGGGAGGUGGUGGUGCAGAUCUGCAGCGUGUCUCUGCAGCACAAGAGAGCCAGCGACAGCCGUGUCUGCCUCAUCAAGCAGAGGGAUUCCACCAUGGGCAUCAUGACCAGGAGCAAAUUCAUCACGUUUGUCAAGAAGUUGAGGGAGCCCCUGGUUCUGACCACCCUCAUCUCCCUGCUAGUGCGACUGCACAGCAUGGUUCGGGAUGAUAUUGUUAAUGAAGUGACAGCUGAACACCUCUCCAUCUGGCCUGCCUCUCUCUCCAACAUUCAGGCGGUGGAUGUGGAAGCUGUAGCGGUGACUGUGAAGGAACUGGUCUCCUACGCUCUGACUCUGAACCCCAACAGCCAGUCCUGGAUCGUCACACAGGCAGACAUUUACUUUGUUACUAACCAGUACUCUGCUGCCCUGCACUACUACCUGCAGGCUGGGGCGGUCUGUUCCGACUUCUUCACCAAGACCGUCCCCAGUGACGUGUACAGCGACCAGGUCCUGAAGAGGAUGAUCAAGUGUUGCUCGAUGAUGAACUGCCACACACAGGUUGCUGUGCUCUGCCAGUUCUUAAGAGAGGUGGACUACAUGACAGCUUUCAAAGCUCUUCAAGAACAAAACAGCCACGAUGCCAUGGACACGCUGUACGACUACAUCUGGGAUGUGACCAUCCUCGAGUAUCUCACCAACAUCCACCAUAAAAGAGGUGAAAGUGAGAAGAGACAAAUAGCUAUCCAGGCUAUUGGCCAGACGGAGCUGAACGCCAGCAACCCCGAGGACGUCCUUCAGCUGGCGGCUCAGAAGAGGAAGAAGAAAUUCCUACAAGCGAUGGCAAAGCUUUAUUUUUAGACAAAAAAUCCAGACCCAACUAUAAUUUCAACGUUUUCUUUUUUUCUUUUCUUUUUUUGGGGGGAAAAUGUUUUUCAGAAUAAAUAGUUCUGUUAAUCUAUGGUUUUGGUGUUUUCCAUUUGUACAUGUUCUAUGCAGUUUUAGUUCCUGUGGCCUGUAAUACUUGCUGAGGUAUAGUAUCCUUCGUAAGUCCGGCUAGACAAGCUUUGGUGAGCUGGCGAGGAUGAUGAUGUUGGGAAACUCGCAAACAUCAAACAAUCGAGUAGUAAGUAAGAACAGGAGAAAGAACAGCGCU